AUGGCCUCAAAAGAUAAUACCUCACUCGAUGAUGGGGUUGUUCCUCGUCGAUUUGCAAACUUUCCACCAAGUGCAUGGGGAGAUUUCUUCAUUUCCUAUGAUUCCAACACUAUGCUCGAGGAGAAGAUGGUCGAGAAACAGCUUCAAAAGCUUAAAGAAGAAGUGAUGAACAUGUUUGUGACAACAGACAAGUCUUCGGAAAAAUUAAGGUUGAUAGAUUCAAUUCAACGCUUAGGUUUGUCCCAUCACUUUCAACUGGAAAUUAAUGAAACACUUCAACUUCUGCAAAGCUCUUCCGACGAUGAUGACGAUAUUUACAAUAUUGCCCUUAAGUUUCGAUUGCUUAGACAAGAAGGUUAUUCUAUUUCAUCUGAGAUAUUCAACAAGUUUAUAAAUGAAGAGGGAGAAUUCAAAGAAUCAAUUGUGAAAGACAAAAGUGGAAUAUUAAGUUUGUACGAGGCGUCCCAUUUAAGAAUGAACGGAGAGUAUACAUUAGAUAAAGCUUUGAGGUUCACAACUACUCAUCUUCAAGAAAUGGCCAUGGAUGAGAGCUCUCCUUUAGUAGAUGAAGCCAAGCAUGCUUUGAAGUGGCCAAUCUAUAAAACUGUGCCAAGGCUUAUGACCAAGCACUACAUUUCUGUCCAUCAGAAGGAUCCACCAAACAGUGUUUUGCUCACUUUUGCAAAGUUGGAUUACACCACAUCUCAAAAGCUUUAUCAGAAAGAACUCGGUCAACAUGCGAGGUGGUGGAAGCAGUUGAAUUUAAUAGAAAGACUAUCUUUUGCACGAGAUCGGGCAGUGGAGAGCUACUUUUGGGCGUUGGGAGUGUACUAUGAACCCAACUACUCGGUUGGUAGAAUGAUAUUAGCCAAAAUUAUUGCUCUAGCAACGGUUCUGGAUGAUAUGUACGAUGUAUAUGCUACAUUGGAUGAACUUGACCUAUUCACAGAGGCAAUUGAAAGGUGGGAUACUAACUGCAUGGAGAAGCUCCCAGAGUACAUGAAGAUAUUUUAUGAAGUGAUAUUAAAAACCUAUGAAGAGUUUGAGGAAGAUAUGAGCAAGGACAUCAUUAACUAUGCCAUUAAUUAUGCAAAAGAAGCGUUUAAAAGGCAGUGUAGAGUUUAUUUUAUGGAAGCUAAAUGGUACCAUGAAGGAUAUGUGCCAAGCAUGGAGGAGUACAUGAAAGUGUCCAUUGUAUCCACUUGUUACUAUCUUUUUGCUCCAAUUUCAUUUCUUGGUAUGGGCGUUGCUGCUUCUGAAGAGGCUUUCAAAUGGGUUGAGAGUGAUCCAAUGAUGCUCAAGGCAAGUGGAAUAAUUGGGAGGCUCAUGAAUGACAUAACUUCACACAAGUUUGACCAAGAGAGAGGGGACGUUGGGUCAGCGGUUGAAUGUUACAUGAAGCAACAUGGAGUAUCAGAAGAAGAAACGUUGGUUGCAUUGGAAAAUGAAGUAGUAAGAGCAUGGAAAGAUGUAGUUGAAGACUAUAUGAAAUCAUCCAACAUUUCAAAGGAGAUCUGCAUGCGUGUGUUGAAUCUUGCACGCCUCUCAGACCGCUUUUAUAAAGAGGAAGAUGGUUACACAUUCGCUGAUGGAACAACCAAAUGUUUCAUUGCCUCUACCCUUGUCGACCCCGUACCAAUAUGA